AUGUCUCCACCGAAAUCCUCAUCGGGAAAAACCGCAAAACCCUUGAUUCCGGGCGUUUUCGGCCCCCACCAACCGUCGAAUCUUUCUGCGGAGAACAUAGCCGAGAUUAGAGGAUCCACCGGGAUUCCGUCGGAGGUGGAAAUCAGAUUCCCGGAGGCGCAUGAGUCUCCGGAGAACCCCCCUCCAGGGUACUGCUGCGCGUUCGAGAUUUUCUUCUCUGCGUGCGGUCUGUCAUUCCCCCUUCCCGAACUCAUCGUGAAGAUGAUGUUCGAACUGGGCUUCGCUCUUCCUCAGAUGUGCCCUAACUUUGUUCGGACUGUCUUGUGCCUGCAAACUCUAGGGGAGGAGUUCAACUACCAGCUGUCAUUGGCCGACUUCCUCCAGGUGUACACGGUGAAGACUGGUCGUACCAAGGGCACGCUUUACGUAAGCCCGCUUUCCGGGCUAAAGGUCUUUGACGAUCUGCCCGAGAAGGAUGAAAAGUGGCGGAAGUCCUACUUCUUUUUCCCGGUUAACGAGCUCACUUUCGGCCACCGCGUGAGUUCGCACGUAUCAAAGUGGACUUCGAAAAUCGAUCACUUUGAGCGCGGAUUGCUUUGCCCCACAUUCGCAGAGUUCUUCUCGAGGUUCUGCAGCCAGGGACAGAUUGCUUGGGACUCUUUUUCUUGCGAAAGAAUCAGAGAGUCCACGGCGAGGCUCGGAAGGCGUUCUCUCGUCUGUUCCACCCCCUUAAGCGUUUCGGAGAUGAAUUACAGAGAAGAAAGGGCGUGCCGAGCUGCCGAAAAAGAGGCAAAGAAACAGAUGGCGAUGGCCCUCGCCGAAGGCAAAGCUCGCAUUUCUAACAGGAAUUCCGCCGUUCCCGAGGUGAGCGGGACUUCCGUGCCUCCAGCUGGCUCUCCCGAGCUUGGCACAGAAUCAACAAGGGCUCCUGCUGGCCCAUUGAUUCCUUCUGUGAUUGUCAUUGCUGAUUCUAGCGAUGAGCCACGGGAGAUCGCUGCUUCCCCCCCAGCACUGAAGAAAACCUCUGCUGAGGCCUCCUGUCAGCAAACUGAUUCAUCAAAGAAGAGGAAGGAGCCUGAGACCGCCUCCUCUUCUCGCGAAAAGGGGCGAGCCCGCACCGGCCCAUCAGGGGAUGAGCGAAGUAGAUCCAGCUCGAAAGACAGGGGUCCCUCCUCGGAGAGGAGAUCUAAGGAGGCCCCACCGCCAAAAGACUCUGGAGAUUCCUCUGGAAGAAACCCUCUGAGGGAACGUCAUUCCGCCCGAGUCCCCCCUGCAUCCCCAGCCGAUCUAAUGAGGAGCUACAUUCGACCCGGAGUUCGAAUUCCGGGAUUUGCUGACAUGACCGAGGUCAACCGUGCGAAUUUCUUUUGCUUCGCGGAUAAAAUCGGCGAGCAACUGUUCGCUUUCCCGUCAUCUUCCGAAGUGCAUCUCCUUCAAGAAAGGUUUGCCGACCUAGAAGCUCAGGUAAAGGAAUAUGCCCGUCUGGAAGUCGAAAAUGCUGACACCAUAGCGAAAGCUGAGCGGAUCCGAGCUCGGAUGAAGAAGGCUGAGGUAGAGGUGCUCGACCUCGGGGUUGCUAAUGAAGACCUCCGCGACAAGCUGAAGAAGGCGGGGGACCUUUACUUUGAGGCGGCGGAAGAUGCCAAGGCAGCAAAAAACAGACUGCACGAGAUCGAGCUCCGCAAUCAGUUACUCGAAGCUGGCAACAGCUGCGAGAUUGAAAGGGUACGGAGGGAAGAAAGGCAGGCGAUGAGGCGAACUCUCCGCCCCUUGGUUGAGGAGGUAAAGGUCACUUUCGAGGAAAGGGAGAAACUAGCCCCGCUCAAGAUCCGAGCUGCCGAGAUCAGGGCUAACCGAAUGCUGGUCGAGGAGAUCUCCAGGGGCGAGAUCCAAGAUAUGGAGGCCGAGCUCGGGCUCCUGAAAACUGACGAGGAGGAAGCCGACGAAAAGGUUUCAAAGGUAACUCCCCGUGAUCUCGACCUCGCUGUAUUCUCAGACCUCUUGGCGGAUACGCCCGAUCUCUUGUGUAACGAGAAUCCGCUUAGCGUCACGAUCGAUGAGUCUGGUACUAACCUCGGGCAGAUCUCGAAUCAGGGGUUGGACGACUAUCUAGCGAACACCAGGUCGGAAGGGGAGCUCGCAGAAAUGGGCCUGGCCUUAUCCGAAGCGGCGUCAGAUCCUCCCCUCCCUAAUCCUUAG